AACCCCGGCCCAGCAGGAUGGCUCCCGCAAAGAAGGGUGGCGAGAAGAAGGGCCGGUCCGCCAUCAACAAGGUGGUAACCAGAGAAUACACCAUCAACAUUCACAAGCGCAUCCACGGAGUAGGUUUCAAGAAGCGUGCCCCUCGGGCACUCAAAGAAAUCCGGAAAUUUGCCAUGAAGGAGAUAGGAACUCCAGAUGUGCGCAUUGACACCAGGCUCAACAAAGCUGUCUGGGCCAAAGGAAUAAGGAAUGUCCCAUACCGUAUACGUGUGCGGUUGUCCAGAAAACGUAAUGAAGAUGAAGAUUCACCAAACAAGCUCUAUACGUUGGUUACCUAUGUACCUGUCACCACUUUCAAAAAUCUGCAGACAGUUAAUGUGGAUGAGAACUAACUGCUGACUGUCCAAUAAACUUAUAGAACGGCAAAAAAAAAAAAAAAAAAAAAAAAAA